UCUGGAAAAAAGAGGUAGUUAUUAUUUGUUAACAGUGAUGAAUUUUCAAUUUUAUUUUGGGGGGUGGGGGUUAAACAAGUUGAAUGAAAUUUGAAUCCUAAGAGUUGGAAGGUUGAUGGAGAAUGGUGUGAAUGUGGAAAAGAGAUGAGAGGAGAAAGAUUUGGAGAUAAGAUAAGAUGCAUGCAAUAACUCUCUCUCUCACUGCAAACACCUUCCUUCGUUCCUCUCACACUCAUCUUCCUUUCAGAUCUCUUCAACCAAGUUGUUGCAUACCCACUUGUAAAAUUAGCUAUGGAAUUCGUUUCAACCGUUCACAGCGGAAGCACGAGAAGAAGAAAGGAAUCGUGGUUGUGAGAGCAAGGCGUAGCGAGUCUCCAUACGAAGUUUUGGGCGUGUCCCCAUCCGCAACUGUCGCUGAAAUCAAAAAGGCGUAUCGGAAACUCGCUCUCAAGUAUCAUCCCGAUGUCAAUAAAGAGGAUAAGGCACAGGAGAAAUUUAUGAGGAUAAAACAUGCAUACAAUACAUUGCUAAAUUCUAGUUCCCGCAAAAAGUAUGAUUCUGGAAACCAGGGUUAUGAUUUUUCUCAAGGAAAACGAAGUAGGAAUGCACAAGCCGAAGAAGAAUUUUAUGGACUAGGUAAUUUUUUGAGGGAUGUUCAAAUAUCAAUAGAGGACUUCUUUAGGGAUCUUCAAGAAGAAUUCAGGAACUGGGAAGCAAACGCUGCUUCACAAGGAAAGCCAAAGAGUCUAUGGGAGGAAUUGGCGGAAAUAGGAGAAGAUUUUGUGGAGUUCCUAGAGAAAGAACUGAAUAUUAGUGAUCAAAAUGACAAUUAUAAAACACCUGAGGGAGGAAAUGCAUCCAACUUUUCAGAGGCAGAAACACCAAGUCAAGGUGAAGCUAGCAAGGGAAACAGAAGUGUUCAGGAUAACCUUGAUGAAAUAGAAGCCACUCUGGCUCAGUUGAAAAAGGAAUUAGGCUUGUAGCAUAAAAGGAAAGCCAAAAAGCAUUACCUCUCAUUGAUGGCACAAGACAAGGGAUUUAUGUGAAGGCAUAUUAUCCCUGUGGCCAUUGGGAACUUGAAAUCACAAAAGGAUUUGUUGGCUUCCACUGUUGUAAUGUUUUAAUGUUUUUCUUUCUGGGCCUCCGAUGUCCAGCAGUAUUCAAUUAUUUAUUUAUCUAUUUUCAUUGUUAGUGGGGUGGGUAGAGGAAAUGAGUAUAGAACAACAUGAAACUUCAAUCAUGGAUGUAUUUUGGUUAGAUGGAACAGAAAGAAAUGUAAAGGCAUUAUAAUAACUCAUUGGUUUGUAAAAACAUUUUAUCCGGUGUUCGAACAUACAAAAUUGACAAAUGAUUUGGAUUUCAAA